UUGGCGUGAAUCAAGAUGGUUACGGUUAGAUCGGCUGUGAUCAAUUUUUCGGUUCCGAAAUGAAAUAGGAACGUUUCUAAAAUGAAUAUUUGACGUAUGAUGCAUUUAGUUGGAUUCUGGUUUAGAAAGGAUUGCGAACAAGUGAUUUUGUAUAGAUAGAUUGGACAAAUAACGUUCGUGUCAGUUGAUAAAUUUUUGUAACUUGUUAGGUUAAAUAAAAAUAAAUUUAAAAAAAAUAUUAACAAUGGGUCGAACAAAUGGCAGAAGAGAUGUUCGUAUUUUAUUAGUCGGCGAACCUGGUGUAGGAAAAACAUCAUUAAUUCUGUCUUUAGUGAGUGAAGAAUUUCCAGAUGAUGUCCCACCAAGAGCUGAAGAAAUUACAAUUCCUGCAGAUGUUACACCUGAGAAGGUGCCUACACAUAUUGUAGAUUAUUCUGCUCAGGAACAGACAGAAGAUAUAUUAAUGCACGAAAUCAAUAGGGCCAAUGUUAUAUGUAUUGUUUAUGCAGUUGAUGAUGACGACACUAUAGAUAGGAUUACAUCACAUUGGCUUCCAUUGAUUAGAGAUCAUUUAGGGGAGGAACAUCAUACACCAGUUGUACUUGUUGGCAAUAAAGUGGAUUUAGUUGAAUACAGUUCUUUAGAGAUGAUAAUGCCAAUAAUGAAUCAGUUUUCUGAAAUUGAAACAUGUGUAGAGUGUUCUGCCAAAACUUUAAAGAAUAUAUCAGAGUUAUUCUAUUAUGCACAAAAAGCUGUUCUUCAUCCUACUGCUCCAUUAUAUAUUCCAGAAGAAAGAGAUUUAACUGAAAGAUGUAAGAUUGCAUUAACAAGAGUAUUUACAAUUUGUGAUUAUGAUAAUGACGGAGCAUUAAACGAUUAUGAAUUGAAUCAAUUUCAGCGCCGUUGUUUUAAUAAUCCUCUACAGCCUCAGGCGCUUGAAGAUGUUAAGUCUAUUGUUAGGAAAAAUGUUCCAGAUGGUGCUGAUGAUAAUGGUUUAACACUGAAAGGAUUUUUGUUUUUACAUAUAUUAUUCAUUCAGAGAGGAAGGCAUGAAACUACUUGGACAGUUCUUAGGAAAUUUGGAUAUGAUGAUUCUUUAAAUCUUGCUAAAGAUUAUACUACACCCCAAUUAACUAUUCAAUUGGGAUCUAGUGCAGAAUUAACACAUCAGGGAUAUCAUUUUUUUACUACACUAUUUGAAAAAUAUGACCAAGAUAAAGAUAACUGCCUUUCUCCAGAAGAACAGCAUGAUUUAUUCAGCAUAUGUCCAAAAAUUCCAUGGGGUCCUGAAAUUGUAAAUACAGUGCCUACAAAUGAUGAUGGUUGGGUUACUUUGCAAGGCUAUCUUGCUUAUUGGACAUUGACGACUGCAUUGAAUGUUCAAAAGACAAUGGAGUAUUUAGCUUACUUGGGUUAUAUAAUUAAUCCUGAUGUUAAUCAGCUUUCAGCAAUUCAUGUUACAAGAGACAAAAAGGUUGAUUUGCAAAAGAAGCAAACAAGUCGAAAUGUCUUUCACUGUCAUGUUAUUGGACCUCAAGGAGCUGGAAAAACUUCAUUUAUGCAAGGAUUCCUAGGAAAAACUUUAGAAGAACAGUCAAUUAUUAAUAAACUUCAUCUAUCACAAUAUACAAUAAAUUCAGUUCAAGUUUAUGGUCAAGAAAAAUAUUUAUUGCUACAUGAAAUUGAUAUAUUUGGAAUGAAUGAUACUUUGGCUCCACCAGAACUAUAUUGUGAUGUUGUGUGCCUCAUGUAUGAUUCCAGUCAUCCUUACUCAUUUGAAUAUAUUGCUAGGAUAUUUUUGAAACAUUUUAAUGAAAGUAAAGUUCCAGUAUUAAUUGUGGCUGCGAAAAGUGAUCAACCCGUUGUAAAACAAGAAUUUUCUCUACAGCCAGCCCAAUUUUGUAGUAAAUAUAAACUGCCACCUCCACAGCCAUGUACCGUCAGCGGUCGUGUUCGAAAAGACAUUUAUAUUAAACUAGCCACAAUGGCUGCUUAUCCAAGUCUGAGACGCUUGGUCCACGUCUUGCUUGUCCGACCAUCUCCGUCUUGGCUGUCACAGUAUUUGAGCAAUCUGAAACACUUGCCUCUGUCGCAAGAUUCUACGAUGUGGGUCAAAGCAGGCAUAGGAAUGGUAGCCGUGGCACUCGUCAGUUUUUUCUUUGUAAAAUUUUUAAAGACUUCAGACAGGUAGUGACGACGAAUACCUAGUUGACAUCUGCAGAAUUUGUCUUAAUCUUCCCACUUCAAAACAGGCCGCGUACUCAUUAAAUUUUCACCGGAAUUACAUUGCAGAUAUGUUUACUUAGGUUAAAGAAACUUUCAUAUAUUUUGUUAACUUUGAAUCAUACAUAAUACCUGCCCGACAAACAGGUAGAGCAGUAGUAUGCAAAGCAAAUGGGCAGUUUCCAAUGUCUGUAGGACCAAUAAGUAAUAUAACGCAGGAAGUAGCAUCAAAGACAAAACACCACUUAAUUUAAAUUCAUUUGAUUUUGUUUCAACAUAUCAUUAGCUAUAUCUUUCGGUAUCUUUGAUAUGUACAUUUUAAUUGCAAUAACAAUAAUAAAACUUAUACAUUUGAGAAUAUUUUAUAAGUUGUACAAGUUUGUUUUGGAUCCAAACAAGUUAAAGUCAAAUUUUUCACCAUUUAAAAUUUUAUAGAACUCUUAAAAACAGCAUUUUGCCAACUUUUUACAGUUGCCGUUUAUUCAAAUAUACAAUCUGUACAAUUAACAAUAAUGUUCAUAAACCUUGCUUGUUUAUAUAAAAUAAAAAACUUAAUAACAAGUUGAAGGAAUUUAAGGAUGCAAAAAGUUGGUGUGUUAAUUUAUUAGAAGGAUUUCUUUCUUUAUCAAAGACAUGCCCAGAUUUGUCAAUAGUAUUGGCCAAAAUGUCAUUAAGCAAAGAGUAUUUUAGAAGGAUAUGUAUAUAUCUCAUGGAAUAAACUUGUGCAUACUUUUAAAAUAUCUUGUGUUUUUUUUUGUUAAUAUGUA